AAGUAAAAGUUGAGUUGGACUUGGAAGGGUAAUUUAUAUGCAAAGGAAAGAUAACCAGAUACACUCUUUGUUUCUGUUUACAUUUGUGGGUUUGGGAAUACACAGAUCUUUAGCCAAAGUAAAAUAAUUUACAAACGAAACUAAGAAACCCCAAAAACUCAGACUAGCCCUCACUUUUUUUUCUUCCAUUUUUUCUCUUUCCUUGCAUGAUGCAGUGUUAUGAUUGAGUGAAACUACACAAAGAUUUUUUUUUACCUUGCUGUUCAUACCUUUCUUCAUCGAGUCCUUGUUCUUCAUUUUUUACUCUUUCCAUUUUGGUUUUCUGAUUAGACCCGUGAAAAAAAUGGGUAAUGGUGCCUGGGAAAUGAGGGGAAGUGUGAGAAAAUAAGCUCAGGCAAAACACCAGAUUUUUUUUGUUUUUCUUGUUUCCUACUCUUUUUCUCUUCUUUGUUUUAGUUUUACCUUUGUUUCUGGGGCUGCAACAUUUUAAGAGGAAAUGAGGAAGCAUGGAUGGCAUCUUCCUUCUCAUCCACUUCAGGUGGUGGCUGUUGCCGUGUUCUUGGCACUUGGAUUUGCUUUCUAUGUGUUCUUUGCUCCCUUUGUUGGGAAGAAAAUGUUUCAAUAUAUUGUGAUGGGAAUCUAUACACCUCUUAUUACUUGUUGCUUUGGCCUAUAUAUUUGGUGUGCGGCAGCGGAUCCUGCAGAUCCUGGCGUGUUCAAGUCUAAAAAGUAUCUUAAAAUUCCCGAGAAUGGGAAGUAUUCUGGACCAAAGGACUCUAAAUUCGGUGGAGAUUCAGCCACAACCUUUCGUGAUGAUAAUGAUACUUCAGUUGGAGGAAAAACUGUGGAGAAGGAUGCAGCGGUGAAAGAUGAAACCUUGAAAGAUACCAGUGUUGAAAUCGAGGGAAAUGAUGGUUUGCCGAAGCAAUCAUCUUGUUUGCUAUGGAUUUUCUCUCCUUGUGCUGUUAUCUGCGGAUGUACUGGCUCACAUGAAGAAUCUUCCGAGCAACAGAUGAGUGAAGAUGGCAUGUUUUAUUGCAGUUUGUGUGAAGUUGAGGUUUUCAAAUAUAGUAAGCACUGCAGAGUCUGCGACAAAUGUGUUGACCGUUUUGAUCAUCACUGCAGGUGGCUAAACAAUUGCAUAGGCAAAAGGAACUACAGACAAUUUUUCACUCUCAUGGUUUCUGCUCUUCUAUUGCUUAUUCUACAAUGGUCGACUGGAAUCCUUGUACUUAUCUGCUGUUUCAUUGAGCGGAAGCAGUUUUCUGCUGAUAUUUCAGCGAAGUUAGGAAGCAGUUUCUCUGUGGUUCCAUUUGUUAUUGUGGUUGCAUUGUGCACUAUCUUGGCUAUGAUGGCGACAUUACCACUUGCACAGCUUUUCUUCUUUCACAUUCUACUCAUAAAAAAGGGAAUCAGUACAUAUGAUUACAUAAUAGCUUUACGGGAGCAAGAACAAGAGCAACAAGGUGUUGGUGGUCAGCAGAGUCCGCAGAUGUCCCCUGCCAGCUCACUUACUGGAUUAAGCAGUGCUAGUUCGUUUUCCACUUUUCACCGGGGUGCAUGGUGUACACCCCCACGAUUGUUCCUCGAAGAUCAGUUUGAUGUUGUUCCUCCCGAUACUGGAUCUGUGAGUUCGUAUGGGAAAAAAAUGGUUGGGGAGGAGCCAAUUAAGAAGAACCCUGCUGCAGUUAGGAUCAGUCCAUGGACAUUGGCACGGUUAAAUGCAGAAGAUGUUUCAAAAGCCGCUGCUGAAGCAAGGAAAAAGUCCAAAAUCCUGCAGCCUGUGGUGAGACGUGAAGCCCCAUUCGUGCUUGAAGCGGAUAGUAGCUUUGGCAGCAGUGGUCAUCGAAUGUUCCCGAGAUCUGAUGGCAACAGAAGACGAGCAUCUAAACGGGUACGUCUCCCCGCUGACCUACCCAUGGAGCCCGUAAUGAACAUUCCAGCCCAACCUGCUGAUAAAGGUUUCAAAGACACAUCAAGUAGUUUGGCACCACUUCAACUGGAAGCUCGGAGUGCUUUCCAAACAAGCCGAGCAAUGUCAAGCACUGUUGGGAUUGUUGCCUCGUCUCCAGAGAGCAGUUUAGAUUCUCCAGACAUUCAUCCAUUUCCGGUUUCCUCAUCUGGAGGUGAAGAAGCAAGACAGCUGAGAGGUUUGCCAGCUUUCAAUAUGGCUGCUCAGAAGGGAUUCCCAUUAUCGAGAUCUGCUAGUGAUGGAUAUGAAGCAUCUGGUGGGGAAGACAGCGAUCGAGUUCCUUCGAGAAUUAUCCAGAAACUAACAAACUGGAGUAAUAUUCUCCUUUCUGACCAUGAUGAGAGGGUUGUUAAAGCACCGUCAUCAUCCGGCCAGCUUAACAACAGAAUGCCAUGACUCAUUGUGAAUUAGGGUCGAGAAAGUUUCAUUCUUUAAUUUACGGUCCUAAGAAGUUCAAGUACGGAGUGGACUGUUGUUGAAUUCAUUUAAAAUACUCAUGUCAGGCACAACUGGAAGAGAUGCUGGCAGCUGUAGCGACAGAGAAGGAAAGGCUUUUUUUUUUGUAUGUAUUAGGUACAAGACUACGUUGUUGUAGUUGUCGGUUUUGGUGAAAGUGAUUCCUCCAUUGACGUUUGUUGAAAAUUCCCUCAAUUUCUGAAAAAACAAGGGUGAGAAUUUUUAUAGGUAGUUUG